CGAUAACUGGACCAGGUACUAGAUACUCUGUCGCCAUUUUAACUUUCGUUUUUUGGCGUCGAGGCAAAGAAAUCUGCCGGAUCCUGUGGUUUUUCGCAUCCAGCGCAAGCAGUGCCAGGCAACGUGUGUGUGGAAGUGGAAGCGGUAGAAGUGAGAGGAACUAGCGAGCGAUUAGGAGACCAAGUUCAGAUCGAGUUUGAGAGCAAGAUGUCGAUGUCUGCCACGUGCUACAAGUGCAACCGGCCGGGCCACUUUGCCCGGGACUGCAGUCUCGGCGGCGGUGGACCGGGAGGCAUUGGCGGCGGCGGUGGGGGCGGCGGUAUGCGCAGCGAUGGCGGCGGCAUGCGUCGCAACCGCGAAAAGUGCUACAAAUGCAACCAGUUCGGGCACUUUGCACGUGCCUGCCCCGAGGAGGCCGAGCGCUGCUACCGCUGCAAUGGUAUUGGCCACAUCUCCAAGGACUGCACCCAGGCAGACAAUCCGACCUGCUACCGGUGCAACAAGACCGGACACUGGGUCCGCAACUGCCCGGAGGCGGUCAACGAGCGCGGCCCGGCCAACGUGUCGUGCUACAAAUGCAACCGCACCGGUCACAUCUCCAAGAACUGCCCGGAGACCUCGAAGACUUGCUAUGGCUGCGGCAAGAGUGGCCAUCUGAGGCGCGAGUGCGACGAGAAGGGAGGACGGAACUAGGACAGACGUCCCUAGUAACCGUAUCCGUAAAAAUCAUCGAAAGCGGAAGAUUUGAACACGAAGAAGCAGAAGCAGAAACCACAUAAAAACGAAAAAUCAAUUUGCUACAACAUUCACAAAGCCAGCCAACAUCAGAAAGAAUAAGAAUAAGAAGAAGAAGAAAAAGAAGAAGCGACAGCAGCACCCAAGUCAAGAUCAACCAACACCCCGCCCCCCAACCCAUCACCACCCACAACCCACACUCCACACACAGCACAUACACACACACACAACAUGCAGAAUAUAACCAUCAUCCAACGAAACUCUUGCAACAUCUCUGAUUCCAUAAGCUGAGCCUGCAGCGCGGUGCCAACGUCCCAAACUGAGAAACUUUCUUCCGUGGAAGAAAGCCAGCAGAAUUGACCGAGGAGACAAGCAGAAGGAGCUACAGAAGAAUCUUCGCGGAGUAAAAGCUCUGUGGGGAGAAUCGACGAAAUAUUAACCGAAGAAGCCGACGAUAGCCAACGGCAGCUGUGCAGCCGAGAGAGCAGAUGACGCCGAUGAAGAGGAAGACGGCGAAAAGAGGAGGAGGAAGCGGAGAAGACACGAAUGCGACCCAAUUUGUAAGAUGAGAAGACUAAACCGCAACAACAACAACAUCCAUAAGAGAACCCAACAAGAAGCAAACAACUUUAUUAUAAUUAUAUAUGAUUAUGCUGCAAAAAGUGUUUGAAUUUACUAAUUACAUUAUAACGAAUGGAAUGAAACUAUAUAAGAAUAUAUAAAGAAAAAAAAACCUUUAAAAAUACUAUAAAAAUCGAUCCUAUUAGGAGUUCCACACCCAGAAAGCGUAAAUAAAAAAUUAUAAAAAAAACAGAAAAGCAAAGAAGCAUGCAGGAGAAGAUCACGUUACUACCAUCCAUCCAUCCAGCUGCUGCCGGCGAGCCCUAGGAAUUCUGCACGAUGUGCUAUGUACCAUCACCUCAUCCACCACCUUUAACUACCUACAUACCUAGACUCCCCAUCUUACCUACCUACCUAGCUUACCAUAUUCCCACCCUUCGACAUUCAUCAUCACCACCAUGAUUCUCAAGACGAAGCUGAAGACAGCAAGGGGGCAGCAUACAAGAGCAAAGCAAAAGCAGACAAAGAACAAGACCUACAUGACGGAGAACAUCAACAAUGGUAAACUGAACCGAAUCGAACGACGCUGGAGAGGAUGAGCUAAGCUAACCAGAUGAAGAAGAAGAAGAACAAACACACUCAGAUUGGUGGGAAGCGGAUCGAGAAGAAGAAGAAACAGCACACACACCUUCAGUUGGACGGGACACAAAGAUGCGAAACCUAUGUACGAUGAAGAAAAUGGAAAUUCAAAUAUCACUGUGAUUGUUUUUUAAUUGUAAAUUAAAAUGCUGGAGCUGCUGAUUUGAGACAAAAAAAAAAUAAUAAUUCAA